AUUCCUUGUCUCCAGCCCCUUUUUUCCAUUCUCGCGCCUCUGAAGAAAAACCCUAGCAACCGCCAUUUGCAAAGACGACGGAGGUGAGAGAAAGACGACGCUGCCGCUAAAAAUAAACUUGCACUAAACUUUCACCUUCUUUCUCUCACCUCAUUCUGUUUCCUCUUCUCCGUCGCCUCCGAUCCAAAACCUAAGCUCAGAUUUCAUAAGUGAUGGCGACACCAGCUCCAGCACAAGAUCAGUCUACCUUAGCUGCCGCUGAAGUUCCUGCUGAAGUUGUUGGUAAUGCAUUUGCUCAGCAAUACUACCUCAUUAUGCAUCAGUCGCCCGAGCUUGUUCACCGAUUCUACCAGGAUGUAAGCAAGCUUGGCCGUCCUGAUGAGAGUGGCGUCAUCACUACCACAACAACUAUGCAUGCCAUAAAUGAGAAGAUACUUUCACUUGGUUAUGGGGAAUUUAGAGCUGAAAUCAGUUCAAUUGAUUCACAAGAAUCAUAUAAUGGAGGAGUGCUUGUCCUUGUGACUGGUUAUUUGACUAGAGAUGACAAUUUGCGUCAGAAAUUUACUCAAAGUUUCUUCUUGGCGCCUCAAGACAAAGGCUAUUUUGUUUUGAAUGAUGUAUUCCGAUAUGUCGAUGAUGCAAAGCAGCAUAAUGGAAAUGUUGAAGCUCCAAUCCCUCCUGGCUAUGACCCUUCGUACGUACAAGAAAAUCAAGUUUCUGAGCAAACAGCUGUGCUAUCUGAGGAAGCCAUUGAGGAGGAAGUGUGUGAUCCUUCUGAGAUAGGGGAUGGUUUGGUUGAAGAAGAGGAAAUACCGGUGCCUGAAGUUGUUGAUGAAAUUCCAGAUGAUUUGGAGAUGGUGGUUGAUCCACAAAUGGUGGCUGAAUCUGAUUUGAAACUUGAAGAGGUGCCAAAGAAGUCAUAUGCGUCCAUUGUCAAAGUUAUGAAGGAGAAUGCGGCACCUUUUGCAAGCCCUUCGCCGUCUCCUCUAAAAUCUGUGCCUAAGAGCCAAGAACAAGUCACUGUUGCAGCACCUCCUUUGGUGACACCUGAAAUGCAUGUGUCCACCUCAAAUGCUUCUGAAAAUGGCAAUGUCCAGGAGAGUGAAGGGUAUGGUCCUUCCAUCUAUGUGAAAGGUCUACCCUUGGAUGCUACACCUUCCCUCCUUGAGGACGAGUUUAAGAAGUUUGGACCUAUUAGGUCUGGUGGUAUUCAAGUUAAAUGCCAAAAGGGAUUUUGCUUCGGAUUUGUGGAGUUUGAAAUGGCAAGUGCUGUGCAAAGUGCUAUGGAGGCUUCUCCUGUUAUGAUUCAUGGAUGCCGGGUUGUUGUCGAGGAAAAAAGAUCUACUUCGCGAGGGAAUCAUAGGGGACGGUUUUCAUCUGGAUCAGGAGCCGGUUACAGAAACGACGGAGUGAGAGGACGUGGAAAUUUUGGAGGGGGCAGAGCCUAUGGGCGGGGUGAUUUUGGUAACAGGACAGAGUAUGGAAAUAGGAAUGGCAACCGUGGUGGGUUUUCAAACCGUGGAGGUGAUGGAUAUAAUAGGAGGCCUGAUAAGAUGGGGAACAAUGGUAGCCGUGCAAACCGUGCUGGUGGGCUGGGUCUUAAUGCUGCAGCUAAGGUUACAGCACCUCAGGUAUCUGCUACAGCUUGAAGAUGUAUGAAGAUGGUUUGAAAGUGAUUAAAGAUAGUUUUGUGUUGAUUAGUGUAGUGAUUUAUCAGAGUGGUUUUACUAGCAUUAGGAGAUAAUAUACUUCUACAGGUGAGGAAGGUUCCCGAGAUUAUUGCCAAGGGCUUUCUUCCCCAGUCCCAUUUUCCUCCAUAAUGAGUAGAGACUGUGCCUUCAUUUUAGCCUGAUCUUCAUUAUGAAAAUAUUAUAUGGGCGUUUUUGCUCUUUUACAGUUUAAUUAUGUUCCUAAUCGUAUGCUUUGGAUAA